GGUCCAGAAAUUUGAAAAUUAAUUAUUUCAACAAUUCUUCUAUUACAAUGCUGCAGCUGCGGUUUGUGAAGGGAGGCUUGCGCUUCCUCGCUGUGAAACGUGUCUCUGUGCUGAGCUCAGCCUUCCAGAGCAGCCAGCAUGUGGAGUACAAGCCCAUCAAGAAAGUUCUGGUGGCCAACAGAGGUGAGAUUGCCACCAGAGUGUUCCGGGCAUGCACAGAGCUAGGCAUCAGGACAGUGGCGGUGUACUCAGAGCAGGACACCGGGCAGAUCCACAGGCAGAAGGCUGAUGAGGCCUACCUUAUAGGCAAGGGUCUGCCCCCGGUCCAGGCCUACUUGAACAUUCCUGACAUCAUAAAGGUGGCUAAGGAGAAUGAAGUGGAUGCAGUUCACCCUGGGUAUGGAUUUCUGUCAGAGCGUGCAGAUUUUGCGCAGGCAUGCACAGACGCCGGCGUACGAUUUAUCGGCCCAUCUCCUGAGGUGGUACGGAAGAUGGGAGAUAAAGUGGAGGCCCGAACUAUUGCAAUCAGUGCUGGCGUUCCAGUUGUUCCAGGCACAGAUGCUCCUAUUUCUUGUCUAACAGAGGCCAAAGAAUUCUCAAACAAGUAUGGAUUCCCUAUAAUCUUCAAGGCUGCCUAUGGUGGUGGUGGACGAGGCAUGAGGGUGGUACGAAGUUAUGAGGAGCUGGAGGAGAAUUAUACCCGGGCAUACUCGGAGGCACUGUCCGCCUUUGGAAAUGGAGCCUUGUUUGUGGAGAAGUUCAUUGAAAGGCCACGUCACAUAGAGGUGCAGAUACUUGGUGACAAAUACGGUAAUGUGGUACAUCUCUAUGAGCGUGAUUGCUCUAUCCAGAGACGGCACCAGAAGGUGGUGGAGAUAGCACCAGCUGCUCAGCUAGACCCUCAGCUCCGAGACCGUCUGACCCAUGAUUCUGUGAAACUUGCAAAGCAGGUUGGCUAUGAAAACGCAGGUACUGUGGAGUUCCUCGUGGAUAAGCAUGGCAGACAUUACUUCAUAGAGGUCAACUCUAGGCUGCAGGUGGAACACACUGUAACGGAGGAGAUAACAGAUGUUGACCUGGUACACGCUCAGAUCCAUGUUGCAGAAGGAAAAAGCUUGCCUGAGCUUGGCCUAAAGCAGGAAAAUAUCCGUAUCAAUGGCUGCGCCAUACAGUGUAGAGUCACCACUGAAGAUCCUAGCCGUGGAUUCCAGCCUGACACUGGCAGAAUUGAGGUGUUUCGGAGCGGCGAGGGUAUGGGUAUCCGAUUGGACAGUGCAUCAGCCUUCCAAGGAGCGGUGAUAUCCCCACACUAUGACUCCCUUCUAGUCAAGGUCAUUGCACACGGGAAAGAUCAUCAAGUGGCAGCUACCAAAAUGAGCAGAGCGCUGGCAGAAUUCCGAAUCCGUGGCGUGAAGACAAAUAUUCCUUUCUUGCAAAAUGUCUUGAAUAACCAUCAAUUCCUGCAUGGAACAGUGGACACCCAGUUUAUUGAUGAAAAUCCUGACCUCUUCAACCUGCGUCCUGUACAGAACAGAGCGCAGAAGCUCCUUCACUAUCUAGGUCACGUGAUGGUGAAUGGACCCACUACACCUAUUCCUGUUGACGCCAAGCCAUCAACUAUAGAUCCUGUCAUACCACCCAUCCAAAUGAGUGAGCCCCCUUCUGGGUAUAGAGAUAUCCUUCUCCGUGAUGGUCCGGAAGGUUUUGCAAAGGCCAUCCGUAACCACCGUGGUCUUCUGCUUAUGGACACUACAUUUCGAGAUGCCCACCAGUCACUACUUGCUACACGUGUUCGUACUCAUGACCUUAAAAAGAUCUCUCCAUUUGUCUCGCAAAAUUUCAACAAUCUGUUCAGUUUGGAAAAUUGGGGAGGUGCAACUUUUGACGUAGCCAUGCGAUUCCUCUAUGAAUGCCCUUGGAGGAGAUUGCAAGAAUUGAGGGAGCUUAUCCCUAACAUACCCUUCCAGAUGCUUCUCAGAGGGGCAAAUGCCGUGGGAUAUACCAACUACCCUGAUAAUGCGGUUUUCAAGUUUUGUGAAGUGGCGAAAGAGAAUGGGAUGGAUAUCUUCAGGGUGUUUGACUCUCUGAAUUAUCUGCCUAAUAUGAUUUUAGGCAUGGAGGCAGCAGGUCAAGCCGGUGGGGUUGUAGAAGCUGCCAUCUCAUAUACUGGUGAUGUGGCGGACCCUACUCGCACCAAGUACACCUUGGAUUACUAUAUAAAUCUAGCCGAAGAGCUUGUCAAAGCUGGAACACACAUCUUGUGCAUCAAGGACAUGGCAGGAUUGUUGAAACCCAGAGCUGCAGAUCUGCUAAUCCGAGCCCUUAGAGACAAAUUUCCAGACAUCCCAAUUCAUGUGCAUACCCAUGACACAGCCGGCGCUGGGGUGGCAUCUAUGCUGGCAUGUGCUGAAGCUGGGGCCGACAUUGUGGACGUUGCUGUUGAUUCAAUGUCCGGGAUGACUUCUCAGCCUAGUAUGGGGGCUUUGGUGGCGUGUACAAAGGGCACAGAGCUAGACACAGGAAUCCAGCUGGAUAAGGUAUUUGACUAUAGUGAGUAUUGGGAAGUCGCUAGAGGUCUCUACUCUGCCUUUGACUGUACAGCAACCAUGAAAUCUGGAAAUGCUGAUGUGUAUGAGAAUGAGAUCCCUGGAGGCCAGUACACCAACCUGCAUUUCCAGGCUCACAGCAUGGGGCUGGGGAACAAGUUCAAGGAGGUGAAGAAGGCUUACACCGAAGCCAACAAACUUCUUGGAGAUGUUAUCAAGGUAACACCUUCCUCAAAGAUUGUGGGUGACUUGGCACAGUUUAUGGUGCACAAUGGCUUGUCUCGUGAAGAGGUUGAAAAUAUGGCGGAUGAGCUCUCCUUCCCACUCUCUGUAGUGGAAUACCUGCAAGGUUAUGUGGGAAUUCCUUAUGGUGGUUUCCCUGAACCACUGCGUUCAAAGGUUUUGAAAGAUCUGCCACGCAUUGAAGGUAGACCUGGGGCCACUUUGCCACCAAUGGAUUUUACUAAGCUGGAAGAAGGGUUGAAGAGCAAGUAUGACGAUAUCACCCCAGAGGAUAUUAUGUCUGCCGCUAUGUAUCCUAAAGUAUUUGAGGAGUACAAAGACUUUAGCACUCAGUUUGGUCCAGUGGAAUGUCUUAACACGCGCCUCUUCUUGGAGGGACCUAAAAUUGCUGAGGAAUUUGAGGUGGAAUUGGAAAGAGGCAAAACCCUGCACAUCAAAGCCCUAGCUCUGGGAGAUUUGAACAAGGCCGGCCAAAGGGAAGUCUUCUUUGAGCUCAAUGGUCAACUCCGAUCCGUCCUUGUUAAGGAUACUCAGGCCAUGAAGGAGAUGCAUUUCCAUCCCAAGGCCCUGAAGGACGUAAAAGGCCAGAUUGGCGCCCCCAUGCCAGGAAAAGUGAUCGACAUAAAGGUGAAAGAAGGAGAGACAGUGGAGAAGGGUCAGCCUCUCUGUGUACUGAGCGCCAUGAAGAUGGAGACCUUGGUGAAUUCUCCAGUCUCUGGAACAAUCAAGAAGAUUCAUGUGAAACCCGACAUGCAUCUGGAGGGAGAAGAUCUUGUCCUAGAAAUAGAAUAAAUUGAACCUUAAAUGGAAGAGCUCUGCCGGGAAGGGGAUUUGUGAAAUGCCUUGCUUUCUGUGUCCCUCUUGUAAGAUUGAGAGGGUGCUAUAUACUCAUCUCCUCGUACCUGCUGACAGUGUGUCUUAUCAAUGUAAAUGAAAGUGCUUUACAUGUGGGUUUAGGGACCUAAAAUCAUAUCUGGAUUAUUUUUUACUUUGCUUGCUAAAAAAUAUAUAUAUAUAUAUAUAUAUAUAUAUAUAUAUAUAUAUAUAUAUUUUGCUAAAUAACACACACAAAUGCUUUUUCCUGAGCUUUCAGGCGGACAUUAGAAAAGGUAUUUGCCAAUCUGAGCUCUUGUCUAGGUGCAGAGAAAUUGUUCUGCUGGAUAUUGCUUACUGUCUGAAAAGGAGUCAAAUGUUUCACAUCAAGUAUAAAUCUUUCCCGUUCCUAUUUUUAGUGCCAAACAGCAAAGAGCUGAUAUUGCAGCUGCCGCUCCUCAAUGAAUAGAGAUUGGAUAGGCAUUAACCUCAAUAUUAUACAUUGUCCAUUGCAGUAACUGACUAUGUAACUUGUGAAGACUGACUAAAUCCAUACUGCAUAGGCCCCCUAUGAUUGCCCUAUUACUAACUGGUACAUUCCGUUCCAUCAUCAUGUACAUCACCCUUUCCUUAUCUUCCAGGAAACACAAAAGCUUUUACUAGGUUUCAGCACCAUGGACAGAGGCGCAACAAGCAAGUAUAUACAGGAUGUCCUGCUACGCACAAAAUAAUUCACUUAAACUACUGGUAUUAAAAAAACUGCUUAAACAUAAAAAAAAGCACAUCUUUACAUUUUUAACUUUUCAUUGUUUUGUAAUAGAAAUGGAGAAUCAUAAAACUUAUAUAGGGUUUAUAUUUCGUCAUUUCAUAACACUAUGCAAUUCAUUUGUACUAUUUUAAAAUGCUGAGUUAUCCAAAACUCAUGUUCUUAUGGAGAGCUUUCUACAUUAUUUUGUGUUUUAUAUUAAAUUUUUUUCUUCUUCUUUUUUUAUACAUAGCCUCAUGAAUUUUCUCUAUAGGUUGGUGCCUUCAUGACCUUGUAUUGUAUUUGUAGCAAUGGUGUUUUUAGUCUUGGGAACACACUAUGGGGGCGAUUUAUCAAAACCUGUCCAGAGGAAAAAUUGCUGAGUUGCUCAUGUCAACCAAUCAGAUCGCUGCUUUCAUUUUUCAAAGGCCUUUUCAAAAAGGAAAGAAGUGAUCUGAUUGGUUGCUAUGGACAACUCCGCAACUUUUCCUCUGGACAGGUUUUGAUAAAUCUCCCUCUAUAUGUUCUUGUUUUGAGUGUAGUAACACCCUAGAUCAGUGGUCUCGAAACUGUGACAAAACUACCAUUUCGAGCUUGCCCGGAGAGCCGUUGACUAUCUGGGCAUGCUGGGAAUUGUAGCUUUGCAACAUCUGGAGGGCUUUGGAGUUUGGAGACCACUGUUAUAGAUCAUUUGUAGCCUAGUAUAAUAGGUACAAUAGCGCACACUGAAUGACCACAAUUGUUGGGACUAUCAAGUGAGAUUUAAAUUUUUUAAUUAUUAAAUUCCCUAAUAACAGAAUAUAUAAUCCGACAUAUCAAGAUGUAGAGGAUUUUCUGGGUUAAAAUUUAUCAGUUUCUUUUAUCAGUUUAGAAAGUGAGAUUUUGGCUCCACCAUCUAUAGCCUAACAUAAGUAUCAUUGUGUCCUUCUACCAUACAUAGUGGUUAGGACCACCACUUCUAUCAACUGAUUUUCAUUUUGUUGUCCGUAUCAAGAUGGCCGCCGUCACACUAAGACAUCAAAGACUCCUCAGAGAGUGGUAAACUAUGAAGAGCUGUGUGUAAACCAUUCGGCAGAUGCUGAGUUUGUCAGGGAACGAUAACAGUCAUACGCUAGGAUCACUUUGUAGGCAUGAUUUGUCCCCGGAGGGUACAUUGAGAGUUAAGAUAAAGACAGCGUUUGCUGUAUUCACUGCAUUCUGUCUAUGAAUGAUAUCAGGAUGAUUUAAGGAAAAAUAACACCGCAAUACGGUGCACUGCUAAUGGAAAAACUGGAGAAGUUGUAUAUCGCUAUGUUGUGUGGUUGGUUUUGUGUUAGUACAUAAUGGAGUAGUAGAGGAGGACAUAGAGAAGGAACAUUCCUGCUGUAUGGUCACAUAGAAGAUAGCAGUUACACUGUAGUAACAGUACGGUCAUGAGAUGACAUAGUGAUGGCUGUAAUAUUUAUCUGCUUUUAGUGGCGGAGCCUUUGGAUUCCACUUGCUUGUCUGUAGACCAUAGCGUACACACAUAACACACGAUUGAUGUAAUAACAUAGCAUCAGUUUAUUUUCUUACCGAAAACCAGGAUUCCUGGAGCCAUACUUGCCUGCCCUUCAGCAUUAUAGAUACGAAAUUUUAAUUUAGGACAGCAGCUGUGCAUUGUGGGCAAAUCAUAGGCAUUUAGGGAUUGCCAGCUGCUUGUUUAGGCUACCCCUGGUCUUGAGUGCCUUUGGGCUUUGCCUAUUUUAAGCUUUUUACCAUCUAACCUCCCUUGCCUAGUUAAGAAUUUAUAAAGAGCGCGCAGUAAGAUGCUAUGUGAUGUAUUCUGCAUUACGACUCCCAGUCCUGUACCCUCUUUUCACCUUGACACUUAUUUUUUUUUUUAGAUAUUUUUGUUUUAUAUAAUAUAUAACAGCACUUGCUGAUACAUAGUUUUCAUUGCCAACACCUCUUUUACCACCUUAACUCUUCACUAGCACGAGCAUGUGCAGUAGAGGUUUAUGUAACUUGCAUAGGUUGCACAGUCUUGGUUUUUAUUCGGCUGUAUCACUGAUAUGGAAACCUUUCUUAUACAGACGGAACUUUUCUUCUUCUUUAGCUGCAUUGCAUAAUAUAGCUUAGCUUUAUCUGUAGAUCGAAGAGGUGGCUCAUUGCCGAGGACAUUGCUAAAUGUUCAGCUUUUUAAUUGUCUCCCGUCCUAUAGUACAUUGGAAUCAUAGGCGUUUUUUUUUACCUGCAAUACUAUGUGACAGUCAGAUUGAAAUAUUUGUGGCUGCGAUUCUCAAGAGGUCUGGAUAUGUGAAGAGGUAAAAGGGCUCUUUGCAUUUCCAUUUAAUGUCUUCACAGAUACAUUCUGUGUGAAGAGCCUGUGGGCAAUACAUAGCGCAGCACUUUGUCAGAGCUCUGACCUUUUAAUGCCUGAAAUACAAUGAACUGUUUGUGAACCCGGUCGGGUCAUAUAGUGAAAAAUGUUAUGUCUGAUGUGCAGCCAGUGCGUAGGGCCAUCUCCUGUAAAGUCAGCGCUCACGGAGCACCGGGCAGAGCGGUAUAGUAGGAGAAAACGCUCUGCAAUUAUAAUGUGACAGAUAUAUCACAGCUCUCCCUGCAUCAGGUCAAGUUUUUAAAGUCACUCUCGGAGAUACGAGAUCUUACACGUUAAACACUUUUCCCCCAUAUCACUCACAUCCAGUUGGAUUUUGCAUGCUGUACGUUCUUUUACUUUUCCUGUGCACAAAAUGUUUUUACCUGUAAUAAAUGAGCAGCUCCCUGUCCACUUAGUCUAUGCAAAAAUGUACUCGGCAUUUGCACAAUGAAUUCUUAUCUAAGACAAGCACCCGAGCUCUCAUACAUAAGAGCCCACUGUGACGGGAAUACAGAUGUUUUUUUUUUUUUUUUUGUGUGAAUUUAGUCUUUCCUUUUUUAUAUGUUAGAAUUUAAAGUGGCGGCGGCAAGAAUUUUUUCGUAUUGGACCAUGUUGUGCCCUGUACCCUAUCUGUGCCCACCAUGCACCUUUUAGCCAUUGUUCACGAAGGGUAUAGGAAGUCUUUGUUUACAUUGCCUACAUUUUAAGGCUUUUUUGUUUUGUAAGCCAAGUUCUGUCACCAAACCCUGUGCACGAUACUCCUCUCUACGUUUUAGUUAUUGUCGGACCACCGUAGGACAUUUUAUUGUCUUCUAUACAAUUACGAGUGCCUGGAUUGUAAUAGUUGAUUGCCGAUUUGUCAGAUUGCUUUCAAAAAGAAAACAGAGUUCUUAUUCAUUUAUGGAUAGGGAUGAGCUGCUGAGCAUCUAUGUAUCUUCCCAGUUUAAAUGGAUUCUGCAAGCAAGAUGGUGAUUGAGCACACUGAGCAUUGUUCUCUCUCUAGAGGCUGGGUCCGUAUUGCGCUUUUAGUCAAUGUAGUAGAACAAGAGAUAGAGACAUUAUCCCCUUCUCCCUCCACUCCAUAUGGUAGGUUAAAAAGGCUGCUUUGUGAGUAGUAACAGUUAAUAGCAAAUAGCCAUUAUGGUGAAGAGUAUAACCCCGAACCAUUGUUAACUGUGGACCAUUAACUUCUGUAAUACCAGUAUUCUGUGUUACCUUGUUUACAUUGUGAACUAACUGGAGAUUUCCUUCUGUGUCUAAUACCAGGGAAAUAACAAGAAUGCAUUAGUGAAAUGUCUUUAUAUGUACAGGUCGAAUUUUGCCUUUGAAUGCCUUGUUAUGGAUUUGAUUUACCUUAGUGUUUAUCCAUUGAAAAUAAAGCUGAAAUUAUGUUAUGUUGA